AUGUGGGCUCGGUGGGCUGCGCUCGCGCUGGCAUGUUGCGCGUGCGCAGCGCCCGCCGGCCCGCUCUCCGCACCCUCGUCUCUAUGUGAUACCUUGCAGCUGAAGAAACCCCCACCAACGCCGACGAACAUACGUGAAUAUGAGGCUGCCGUAGUCCAGAUAGCUCGAGCUCUAUCAGAAUUAGUGGAUCAAGGUGUUGCGGAUGAAGGCAGAGCGUCGGCACUAGCUCGGGCGGCAGCAAAGACCCCCCUCCAUCCACCACCAGCGGCCGUUGCUCUCGGAGCUCCACAGCUUCACCUCGGAGUAUUAUACGUAUCAGAACCGGGCCACCUUAUCGUGUUUCAGCAAAACAAUUCUGCAACUCUACAACAGUUUUGGAGGACGCUUGCAUCAGCGUGGAACGCUAGUGUCGUCAUGUGGUCAAACGCCUGGUUCUCAUGUGAAAGGGAACGGGGGUGGUGGGGCGGUAUUGCGGCUGCUAGGGGUGCAGGAUCGACAAGAGCGGCAGCAGCUCUUUUUAGACAUUUACCGAGUUUGCCCUGUGAGGAGUCAAUGUAUGAAUGGUUGGGAGGUGCGCCGUCGUGCGAUUUAAUGACAACGGAGUGUGAAGCACUGCCUGGGAGCGACGACCAUAGAUUAGAAUAUCAAUGCAAAUGUCGAUCUGAUCAUUGGCACUCUGAGGGCGGUGACUGGUUAUCGAGCAGUAAAGUCAAUGAAAUUGGAAAGCUUGUAUGCACGCCCUGCGGUUUUGGCAGCAACGCUACCGCUUGUCUCCCAGAUUCUUAUAAAGCCGCGUUGCUCGCUGCUAAUCUAGCGGGCAUUCUGCUUUGCCUCAUUAUUGGUCUUAUCAUUAUCAAGAAAAGAAAAUGCAAGGCUGUUGCAAUGGGCAUGUGGACAGUUUUAGAAGUUAUUGUUGUUGGUGCAAUGUUUAUGUAUGGUUCCGCUGCAGUGCAAUAUAUACCAGCAGUACAAUGGCGCUGUGUGACGGGCGCUUGGCUACGAGAGUUGGGAUUUGUAGCAUGUUACGGAUCCAUAGUACUGAGGCUAUGGGUUUUGCUAGCAGAAUUCCGUACGAGGAAGGCCCAUAGAUGGACUCCAAGAGAUGCUGAGGUACUGCGCAUUGUAGCGGCCAUGUUAAUAGGUGCGGGCUGUUAUCUAGCUGCCUUUACAGCAAUGUCGGCGUGUGAAGAUGACGUAGGUGGAGGUUGCGCCCGUACAGCUUGGCAUCACGUUACAGCUGGUGCUGAGCUUCUGUUACUUAUAGCUGGACUAAGAAUAGCCCACGCUGCUAGAAAUGCUAAUGUGCCAUUUCAGGAACGUGGUUGGCUAGCUUCAGCUCUAUGGAUAGAAGGCGCUUGUGGAGUUGCAUGGCGUAUUGCGGCCAUUUCUGGUGCAGCGCCAGAGAGAUCACCUCUUGUGGCAGCGGCUCGAGCCCAUUUAUCAUCAGGAGCUGCCCUCGCUUGUGUGUUAGCACCGAGGCUUUGGCAUGGAUACCGUGCCAGAUCCUUAGCGCAGGAAGUCUCCCGCCGGGGCCCAGCCGAAGGUUUCGGAGUUGAAGGUGAAGAGGAACCUACAUCGGAAGAAGUCAGAGCUGAACUUAAAAGGCUGUAUGUGCAGCUGGAAAUAUUACGAAACAAGACUCUGCGCAGAGAUAACCCUCACAUUAGCAAAAGACGAGGUGGCCGUAAACCUCCUCACAGGCGAUUUUCUUUACAAGCUUUACAAGCUCGGCGUGGCGCCAAGAACAAAGGUGCAGGCAUUGAAGUUAGCGAAGCUGGUGAUGCGUCAAGAACGCCUGAGGACUCCGUAUGUUCUGCUGAAGGUCCCUCCCAUUUUACAGACGCCGAUACACAGGCGUGA